UGAGGAGAUAAACAUCGAGCAGUUCAGGAGUGAAAGACGGUGAAUCUGUAAAUCUGAGCUGCAGGUUCUGACUGAUAUGAAUGAAGAUCAGUUCAGUGGGUUUUACUGGAGUCUUAACUAACAGAACUGACCUUCUGACCUGGUGACUUUAAUACCUUCCCUGUAAGUGAACAGGCUGAUGAGGCAGAGCUGAAUCUGAGGCGGUGAUUCUGGAGCGGAGUAACUGUGUGUCCUGCUCUGUUUCUCUGAUUUCAAGUUUCAGCUGUGACCUGCAGGAGACAUGAGCUCCACAAUGAGUUCCUCUGGAGAAGAACAGCACACAGAGAGAGGCCAGAGUCUGAUUCAGGGGAAGAGAUCACGCUCACCUGAACGCACCUGUGUGUCAAUGAAGAGUGACCAAUCAGUGGAACCCCCUGCACUGAAACUCAGAAAGAGAAAAUGUUCAAGUGAGCUCAGGAGUGAAAAGACAUUUGUCUUCUGUCCAAUAAGGAUGAAAAGACCAGACUCAACUGAACCCAGCUGUGUGUCCAUGAAGAGUAAAGAGUCAAUGGACCAUCCAUUUCACUUCAGAAAGGGAAACCAUUCUCUUGAUGUGAGAUCAAGGACAAAAAAAAAACCAAGCAGUGCCAGGAAGGGGGCACACCUGAGGAGCAUGAAGCAGAUAGACCUUUCUAACACAACAGAGAGCAAGCUGAUGUCUGUGUACAAACAAAAUCUAAGAUCAAGACUAAUGGAGAAAUUUGACAGAAUUAAUGAGGGAAUCUCCCAGCAUGGAACACCAGUCCUUCUGAAUGAGAUCUACACAGAGCUCUACAUCACAGAAGGAGGGAGCGGAGAGGUCAAUGAUGAACAUGAGGUCAGACAGAUUGAGGCGGCAUCCAGGAGACCAGCAACACAGGAGAAACCAAUCAAAUGCAGUGACCUCUUUAAAGACAGACCCAUCAGAACUGUGCUGACUAAAGGAGUCGCUGGAAUUGGAAAAACAGUCUCUGUGCAGAAGUUCAUUCUGGACUGGGCUGAAGGAAAAGCCAACCAGGACGUCCUCUUCAUAUUUCCUCUUCCUUUUAGAGAGCUGAACUUGAUGAAGGAGAAAAAUGUCAGUCUGAUGGAGCUUCUUCAUCAGUUUUUCCCAGAAAUAAAGGAACUAAGAACAAUAGACAGUGAUGCCCAUGAAGUCUUGUUCAUCUUUGAUGGUCUGGACGAGUGUCGACUUCCUCUAGAUUUCCAGAACAAUGAGAGCCUGUGGGAUGUAACAGAUUCAGCCUCAGUGGAUGUGCUGCUGACAAACCUCAUCAAGGGGAACCUGCUUCCCUCGGCUCUCCUCUGGAUAACCUCUCGACCAGCAGCAGCCAAUCAGAUCCCUCCUGAGUGUGUUGACCUGGUAACAGAGGUACGAGGGUUCAGUGACCCUCAGAAAGAGGAAUACUUCAGGAAGAGAAUCAGUGACCAGAGCCUGGCCAAUAAAAUCAUCUCACACAUGAAGUCCUCAAGAAGCCUCUACAUCAUGUGCCACAUCCCAGUCUUCUGCUGGAUUGCAGCCACUGUUCUAGAGAGAGUGUUGGGUGGAGCAGAGAGUGGAGAGAUCCCCAAGACUCUGACUCAGAUGUUCUCACACUUCCUGAUCUUUCAGAUCAAACACAAGGGCCAAAAGUACCAUGGGAAAUGUGACCCUGAUCUUCAGCAGACCAGAGAGAUGAUUCUGGCACUGGGAAAACUGGCUUUCCAACAGCUGGAAAAGGGCAAUCUGAUCUUCUAUGAGGAAGACCUGAGAGACUGUGGCAUUGAUGUCAGAGAAGUGUUAUUGUAUUCAGGAGUUUGUACCCAGAUCUUCAGAGAGGAGUUUGGGCUGCACCUGGGGAAGGUGUUCUGCUUUGUCCACCUGAGUGUUCAGGAGUUUCUGGCUGCUUUAUAUGCAUUUCUCUCCUUCAUCAGCAAAGAUGGAACAAAACAGCUUACCACUGAUCUCUCUGAUAUUUUCAAAAAAUCCAAAAUGUCAGACUUCCUCAAGGCUGCAGUGGACAAGGCCUUACAGAGUGAGAAUGGACACCUGGACCUCUUCCUCCACUUCCUUCUGGGUCUCUCACUGGAGUCCAAUCAGACUGUCUUACCAGGCCUACUGACCCAGACAGGAAGCAGGUCUCACAACAAAACUAAAACUGCUGAGUACAUCAAGAAGAAAAUCAGGGAGAAUCCCUCUCCAGAGAAAUCCAUCAAUCUGUUCCACUGUCUGAAUGAACUCAACGAUCAUUCUCUCGUGCAGGAAGUACAAAAAUACCUGAGCGGAGAUGAUUAUGGGCGUCUUAGUGGACUCACUUUCUCUCCUGCCCAGUGGUCAGUUGAUGAGUUUGACCUCCGUAAAUAUUAUCCAGCAGAGGACGGACUUCUGUGGCUCCUGCCUGUGAUCAAUGUGUCCAGGAAAGUUACGUUGUGUAAAUGCAAUCUCACACAGAAAGGCUGUGCAGCUCUGUCCUCAACUCUCAGCUCAAAUUCCCCAUGUCUGAUAGAAUUGAACCUGAGUUACAAUGAACAGCUGCAGGAUUCAGGACUGAAGCUGCUGUCUUCUGGACUAGAGACUCUACAUUGUAAACUGGAGAAACUGGAACUAAUUAAGUGCAGUAUUACAGAAGCAGGUUGUGCUGCUCUGGUUUCAGCUCUAAAAUCAAACCCUUCCUCUCACCUGAGAGAGUUGAACCUCAGCCAGAAUAUUCCAGGAGAUUCAGGAGUGAAGUUGAUCUGUGAUCUACUAGAGGAUCCACAGUGUAACCUGAAAAAACUACAGUUGCGUGGUUGUAAUCUAACUGAAAAAAGCUGUGCAACUUUGGCCUCAGUUCUCAGGUUAAAGUAUUCAAGUCUGAGAUAUCUGGACUUGAGUAACAAUGAACUGCUGCAGGAUUCAGGAGUGAAGCUCCUCUCUGCUGGACUGAAGGAUCCACAUUGUAAACUGGAGUGCCUUGGGUUGUAUAAGUGCAGUAAUACAAAGGAAGGUUAUGCAGCUCUGGCUUCAGCUCUAAAAUCAAAUCCCUCUUACCUGAGGGAGCUGCGUCUUAAAUUCAAUAACCCAGGAAAGUUAGGAGUGAAGCUACUCUCUGACCUACAGAAAGAUCCACACUAUAAACUGGAGAAAUUAUUUAUCUGAAUGCCAUCCAGCUGAUCUGCUCUCACAUACAGAGGGUUAUGAGGAGAGAAUGAAGUCUUAGUACAAACACACACUCAGUACAUGGUUUUACAUGGUACAGAAUGUGUUUGGGUUUUUGUCGAAUCUGUGAACAUGGCUGUAGUACAGAAAUUAUUGAUUGAUUGUUUUAUAAACACCAACAAAACAUCUUAAUCAAUUAAUCAAUCAACAUUUCUUUAAACUCAGAAUAUACAGAGGGAGACCCUCAUCGUAAUAGUAAACUUUAACAAUUAGAAGGUACCAAAUAAGUAUUAAAAUCAAUAAAGUUACCAUAUAGAAGUCUGAGUGGAGGUGGUUAAUUAAGAGUUUAAGAGUUUAAAUGUUCAUGUGAUACCAGAGAGUGAAGCUGUGGAGUUUCCUGUAGUGAAUUCCAGCUCGCUGGGUCACUGUAGCUAAAAGCAGAUUUUCCCAGCUGAGUAAAAGCUCUCAGCACCUGAAGGCUGAUCCAGUCGCUAGAAUGAGUCUGAUCAACUGUUAUUUACACUGAGCAUUUCUGUGAUGUACAUUGCACUUACAAUGUUACAAAUCCUACAUUGUUACAAAUCCUACAAAUACAAACUGUAUCAUUAGAACUCAUGGAUAAGAUAAUGUUUUGAUUUAAGCUAAUAAACAUCUGACUGACUUUUUUUAA